ACUUAUAAAACAUAAGUAGGUAUACAUUGUAUGUGUAAAUGUGGAAUAUAUCAAGUGUUUUAUGGUUCAAGUUUAAAUGUUGGCACUAUUAUAUUGAUGAGAAUGUGAAUAUAUUUAUAUGCUACUCAGUUCAUUGGAAGUAACUGUAAUGAUGAGCACAUUGUUUGUACAAUGAAGUUAUUAGUGUAUUAUAUUCUUACUGUAUUGAUAAAAUAUUAUGCACCUGUUGAUGCAUUGCAAAUCCUUGCAAUACAAAAUAUUGCCGCUAAGAGUCAUUGGAAUUUUAUGAGUGCAGUUCUCCAAUCUUUGUCGGACAAUGGACAUAAUGUUACCGUAUACACUCCAUUCCUCGCUGGAAAUCGGGCUAACUACACAGAAGUCUAUUUGGAAUUGCCAUCAAGAGUCGGAUUGGAGGCCUUAGAAUCAAUAAAUAGUCUUGGAAAAGCUACAGUAAUAGUGCCUUUGGGCAUGAAUAUGACUCGUUAUUAUUGUAAUAUUAUUCAUGAACAAACGGAAUUACGAGAAAUAUUAAGAAGCGGUAAAUCAAAUUAUGAUAUUAUUAUCACUGAACUUUUGUCCUCGGAAUGUUCAUCUUACGUCGCUUUCAAGUUAAAUUUGCCACUUAUAUACGUAAUUCCUUCGUCAAUGAUCACAUAUAUGGAACAUGCUGUAUUAGGGGAUGUAUCUAAUCCAGCUACAGUCUCACAUCUGUUAGCUCAUCACGCGGUACCUAGAACAUUUGUUCAACGAUUUACAAACGUCAUCCUUUUGGGUUUUAGUUUGAUUGCAUUAUUGUAUAAAGAAAUGGAGCUGAAAAAAAUUGAUGGUCAACCAUAUGAUCUAGUGAAACCUAUAAAACCGUCGUUGAUAUUUAUGAAUUCAGAUUUCAUUACUGAAGGGCCAAGACCUAUGCUUCCAAAUGUCAUACAAAUCGGAGGAAUACAUCUGAAAACACCAAGUAACAUACCAAAUGAUAUACUGGAGUUUAUUGAAAAUUCACCACAUGGAGUGAUUUAUUUUACAUUUGGUUCAGUCAUUUCAAUGUCAACAUUACCAAAUCAUAUUCAAAAUGCGUUUAAAGAAACUUUUGCACAAAUAUCUCAGAGGAUAUUAUGGAAGUACGAAGGAGAAAUGAAAGAUAAACCGAUUAACGUAAUGACAAGUAAUUGGUUUCCUCAGCGUGAUAUACUUAUGCAUCCCAAUGUAAAAUUAUUUAUUAGUCACGGAGGUAUAUCUGGUGUAUUUGAAGCUAUAGAUGCAGGUGUUCCUGUUCUCGGAUUCCCCUUAUUCUACGAUCAACCUAGAAACAUAGAAAACUUAGUUGAUGCAGGAAUGGGGAUUUCAAUGGAUCUGUUAACAAUUGAAAAGGAUGAAUUGUUAAAAAAUAUUUUAGAUCUCACUAAUAAUGAAAAAUAUAUGAGAAACGCUAAAAUCAAUUCUGAAAGAUUUAAAGACCGACCGAUGUCUCCAGCAGAAUCAGUUGUUUAUUGGACAGAGUAUGUAGUUCGUCAUAAGGGUGCGCCACAUUUAAGAUCUCAUGCGUUCAAUUUGACGUGGUAUCAAUACUUUUUAUUGGAUGUUAUUGUUGUUUUAUUAUUAUUUAUUUAUUUUGUUUUAUUUAUUACUUACAAAGCUUUUAAAUUUAUUUAUUAUUACUUUUUAAAAUAUUCUCAAACUGUCAAACCAAAGCGGUGUGGUUGUGCACAUUUUUUGGAUUUUAGUGAACACACUUUUUUAUAUUGGGAUAAUUCAAGGAACGAGGAUUUACUAAGUAUGGCAUCAUUAAUUAAGAUACUGAUUAUUACAUUUUAUUGCGGCAUUGCUACGUUGUACUUUAAACCAGUUGGAGGAGAACGAAUUUUGGCUAUUGCUGCAGUAGGUGGAAAGAGUCACUGGAACUUUAUGGAAGGAAUAGUUCGUGCAUUAACAGAACAUGACCAUCAAGUUACAGUUUUAACACCAUUUCCUAGUGGUGAUGGAGAAAAUUAUACAGAAGUAGAUAUAUCGAAUGAAAUUAGAUCUUUAAUGAGGUUAAGCAUUGACCAAGUACAAAAAGAAUUAACUUCACAUUUUGAUUUAAUUAAUUUUGUCAACGAUUAUAGUCGAAAAACAUGUAAAAUAUUAUACGAAAAUAAUUUCAUUAAAAGCAUAAUGACCGAUUCCAGAUCUAAUUUUGAUGUCAUCUUCAUUGAAUUAAUGGCAUCGGAGUGCGUUUCAUAUUUAUCUGCCAAAUUAGAUUUACCAUUAAUAUACGUCACACCACCUCCUCUAAUAUCAUACGUAGAACAUUCUGUCUUAGGACAUUUUCCAAACCCAGCUGUUGUGUCACAUGUAUUAGCUGAUCACAGCAUUCCUAGAACAAUGAUUGAUCGAUUCACAAACACAGUAUUGUUGUUUUAUACAAUAUUUUUGCUUCAGUACAAAAGUUGGUCUGCAAGACUAUUCGAUACACAAGCUUUUGAUCAAAUCGAACCAAUUAAGCCCUCAAUAAUAUUUAGCAACGCACAUUUCAUUUCCGAUGCUUCAAGACCUAUAUUACCAAGUGUAAUUCAAGUCGGUGGUAUACAUCUCAGUCCGCCAAAAAAAAUACCUGACGAUAUUUUAGAAUUUAUCGAGAAUUCUCCACAAGGAGUAAUUUUUUUUACAUUAGGUUCUGUUGUGACAGUAUCUUCGAUACCAGAAAAUAUUAGAAACGAUAUUUUAAAAGUAUUAAGUCAAGUUCCUCAGAGAGUAUUACUAAAAUAUGAAGAUGAAAUGAUUGAUAAACCAGAGAAUAUCAUGAUAAAAAAAUGGUUUCCUCAACGAGAUAUACUUAUGCAUCCUAAUGUAAAAUUAUUUAUUAGUCACGGAGGAAUAUCCGGGAUGUAUGAGGCUGUAGAUGCCGGUGUUCCGGUUCUUGGAUUUCCUGUAUUCUUCGAUCAAUCAAGAAAUUUAGAAAAUUUAGUAGAUGCGGGGAUGGCAAUUUCAAUGAAUCUCGAUUCUGUGACUAGAGAUACAUUUAUGAAGGCUGUUUUAGAACUCGUCAAGAAUGAAAAGUACACGCAAAAUGCAAAAAUUGCUUCUGAUCGUUUUAAAGACCGCCCGUUGUCAUUGUCGAAAACCAUUGAUUAUUGGACGAGAUACGUUAUUCGCCAUAAAGGAGCUCCUCAUUUAAAAUCUCAUGCACUCAAUUUGAAAUGGUAUCAAUAUUUUUUACUGGACGUUAUUGCUGUUGUCGUAUUAGUUAUAUUAUUAUUUUAUUACAUUUUAUUUAAGAUAUUUACAUUUAUAAAAAAAAUAAUAUUUAAUUCAAGGACCAAAUCAAAAUCAAAAACUGAGUAAACAUUUUUUGUAUUUUAUAAUAAAUAAAAUAUUAAAAUAUAAACUAGAAA